GCAGUUGGAGACCUGGCUGGAGCCCCGCUCCGGCCAGUCCAACGGUUUCACCGGCUUCGAGUCGGCCCUCUUUACGCUGUCCUGUGGGGUGGAGGACUGGUCGGAUGCCCUGCGGCGGUUUGGCCACUGCUUCCGCCGCACCGACAUGGCCGACACGGACUCGCGUUUCCGCGCUGAGGCGGUGCAUAGAGAGGUGCUGCGCAUCAACGGGGAAUUCCAGGAUGGCCUCUCUGCAGGGCUCAGGAGUUUGCAGCUCUUGCGCUACCGUACGGUGGAGGACCAUCCCUUGAGAUCCUUCGGACCUGGGAGUUUGAAGACGCUGCUGCCCAGGGGCAAUGGAAAACAGGAAUUAGAGGCCUUGGCUCGUUUGAGCCAAGAACUUUUUUCCCACAUGUUGGCGGAGCAGUCCACGUUGGCCAUCGUCUCCCCGCUGCCCAGCAGCAAGCUUCGCCCGGCCGUGGCCGACGCCUUCCAAGGCCUCAAUGCUGUGGCCCCUCCGGUGACGUGGCCCGGGCGCCGCCUGGCGGCCAUGGCGGAUCCGUUGCCGAGCACCGGGCAGGUGCCACCGUGCUUCGUGGUCCAAUCGCGGGAGAAUCCUGGGAUCAGCUUCACCUGGAGCAUCCCAUUUUCAGCCACCUCUGGUAUAGAUGCCGCCUCCUACCGUGCAUCCAAACCUUUGGUGGCCUUGGCCCACCUGGUGGCGCACCAGGGCCCUGGAUCUUUGUCUUGUUGGCUGCAGAAGCAGGGCUGGUUGCCCGACAACUUGGGGCCCAAAGUCACGGCCCAAGCGCCCUUCAGCACCCAGAGCUUUGCGAUUUGGGAGUUGAAGAUCAAGCUGUCUCAGCAAGGUCUUCAGAACUGGAGCUCUGUGGCCACCGCUGUCUCCGGUCUCCUGGCUGCACUACGGCGCCGGCGCUACGUCCGCGACGCCCAGGGCGGCCCGCAACGCGAUGCCUUGCGGCAGGCGGUGGAUGAGGUUUCAGCACUGGCAGACAUUGCUUGGCGUUUCCCACCAAGACCGCCACUCUCUAGCGAACUGGCUGUGGACAUGCGAUCGGCACCGCGGCCCGCAGCCUAUGUGUUUGCGUCACGGCGUUUUUUCGCCGUCCGGGAGUGGGACAAGGAGAAGGUGCCGAAUGCUCUGCAAGGCCGAGCAGCGCGUUUUACCAGCACCCUGGCCCAAGAGGAAGCAACCACUGAAGUUGCCAAAGUCUUAGAAUGCUUGGUGCCAGAUCGUGCACGUUUGACCCUUUGGAGUACAGUACCACAACCUGGUGCUCAACAGCGACGUGAUUCCAACCUGGAUUUGGAAUUCGGUGAACUGCCGCUGGAUUCAUCGCUUCAACGCACCUGGCUGGACACCCCAGAUGUAGCAGCCCAGUGGUGGCGUGCGCCCCCGUUGAACGUCUAUUUGUCCAAGGCGACCAAGAUCACCAAACCCGCAGCUGAAGCAGAUCCCCUGAUCCCUGAGUCCAUCAAGAACAAGAAAGGCUUCAAUGGAGUCUUGUGGUCCGAAGCCUGUCGUGCCCGGUUGGUGGAGCCAAAGACCCUUAAGUCAAUGCCUUCGGUGGUGCCACCUGCUUUGUGGGUCGUUCCUGGUUGCGUCUAUGUGUCGGGCCAGUUCAACGAGCGUGUGGAGCCCCUGGGCGAGGAACCGGUAGUGACUUUGACCCUGUGGCUGCCUGCCCGCUGCAUCACGGAAGCCUCCGUGAAAUCUCGAGCUGCUGGACGAAUGUGGCUGAAAUCCCUGCAGGUCGCUUUGGAAAGUCCGUUCUUUGGAGCUGCUUUGGCAGGCUGUCGCUGGGAGUGUGCCUUUUUCACCACUUCGCCCUACGAGGCCGGGAUGCGCCUGUCCUUCCAAGCCUUCUCGGACAGCGUGUCGUCCUUCGCCACCGACGCCGCCCUGGCCAUCGCGCAGCACGCGGGGCCGGCGCCCGAGGACCUGGAGCUGGUGCGGCGCAUGGCGCUGGCCGAGCUCAAAACCAGCCGCGACGCCGACAAGGCGCAAGGCGAAGUGAAAACGGCCCUGGAACAACUGCAGGGCAAAGAUAUUCGGAACGAGUCCCAGGCGCUGUGGCGAAGCGUUGCUGAGUCCCUGGAGGGCUACUCCCAAGCGUUGGUGGCGGGUGCCAUCACCGAGGAUGAAGCAGCUGAACUGGUGCGCCUGGUGCUGUCCACCCUCCCCGUUCCCGGCUCCGACGUCUCCGACGCCUCGGACGCCUCGGACGCCCGGCCGCCCCUGGAGCUGGGUCCACGUCCCGCCGCGGUGCUGACGCGGCGGCCCUCGUGGCAAGGGCCCGUGGCGCAGAGCCUGUGCCGGGCCUCGGGGCUGCCAGCGCUGUUGGAUGUUUGUGGCAGGGCCAUGAAGUGACGCCGAAAAAGAA